UCCGUACACAAAGCUCGGGUGAUGACGUGUUCACUCCCCUACCGUUAGCUAGCUCAGCUACCUGUCAGAAUAAACGUAUUUUAAUAAAAGUAGUGUUAUACGUUAAAGGAACGCGCCGCGUUUCAUUAAAUCGCUGAAAAUGGAGACGCUUUACCACCAGACGAACAAGCAAAUCCAGGAGGUGCAGUCUCUAAUGGGAAACCUGGAGAAGACAGACCGUCAGUCAGUCUACUUGUUAGAGAACGAACUACAAGCUAGAAUCGACCAGAUCUUCAAUCAUUUAGAACGCCUUGAGAUCCUGGCCAGCAAGGAACCACCAAACCGCCGCCAGAACGCCAAAUUACGAGUGGACCAGCUCAAGUAUGAUGUUCAGCACCUCCGGACUGCCCUGCAAAAUUUCCAGCACCGACGCUACGCCAGAGAGGCCCAGGACAGAGAGAGGGAGGAACUCAUGAGCCGUACCUUCACGACCAAUGAUGCAGAUACCUCCAUCCCCAUAGACGAGACCCUACAGUUGAACUCCAACUUGCACAACGCACACAGAGGUAUGGACGACCUCCUGGGCAGCGGCAGCAGCAUCCUCAACGGCCUCCGAGAUCAGAGAUCGACACUGAAGGGGACCCAUAAGAAGAUGCUGGAUGUGGCCAACAUGUUGGGGCUGUCGAACACAGUGAUGAGACUUAUAGAAAGGCGAGCCACCCAGGAUAAGUUCAUCAUGAUCGGAGGCAUGCUGCUGACCUGCGUCUUCAUGUUCCUGGUAAUCAGAUACCUGGGCUGACCACCAUCCAUCCACAAUGACGGUUUUUCGAUCAGUCGAGGACACUUCCGCAGCACAUCAUCCCUCAUGAUAUGAAUUUUUGAAAUUAAAGUAAUUUUUAUAAAUUGUGCCAUCAUAUUCAGUUUUAAUUGUUUUAUUUUAGGAACUUGCAAAAUGAUAAGGUCGAAGACCUUAAUUAUAGACAGUAUUUUGCGCUGCCUGAAGCUCGAAGGUGUUAAACUUUUCCGAUGGUCAGCUUUCCUCCCAAAUACAGCCAUGCACUCAUUUUUAUCAAAACCACUUCUGUAAAGACUGUAAAUCACUCUUGUGACUGUACCCAAAUGGCUUCUUAAAAAUACUUUAGAUAUUUAUACAGAAUUUGCUUUUGUCUCCAAUGAAAAGUUGUUUUUUUCCUUCAGUUGUCAUUAAUGCUGUUGGUGUCACUCUGCCGUGUUCAACAUGCUUCAUAGAGAAAUAGAAAUACUAGUGUGCAAAUGUUCAUAAUGCUCUGUCUCAUUACACUGCAACCUCUGAAUGCUCACAGGAGAGUCUUUGGUUUUAUAUAUCAUAAUUUACAGUCCAUACCAGCUUAGUAGGCACACCAAGCUAAUACUAAAAGUCUAAUACAAGGUGACGACCAAGUGUGAUGGACAAGAUAGAAAAACAUCAGUAUAAUGUGGUACAUUUCACCAGCACCACAAACAACAUCCUCCAAAACCGACAAAGUUGUAUUAGCAUGCCUUAAAAGCACUUCAACAAAAAAAUUAAAUUCUAAUCUUGAUGAUUUAUUGCAUGUCGGUUGUAUUAGACUGCAUUAGCUUUAGCAAGAUGUACCUAAUAGACUGCGAAAUUAGGAUAUGUUAUACACCCGAGAUAAGCAGGAUGGCAAAAAAGGUCCACUGAGAAAUACAAUGGAAUAAACAGCCCUUUUCUAAUGGUUA